ACAAGGAGAGAGAAAGUGACAGAGAGAGAGAGAGAGAGAGAGGGGGAGAGAGGGGGGAGUGGAGACCCUGACCAAUGCCAAGAACAAGAAGAGAUCAGUGAGAAGGCCAGGCGAAAAUCCCCACCGGGCGAGAAGAGACGAGCUCCGGCCUCCUCCGAGAACAAGAACAAGAAGGAAUCCCGGAGCACGAGGGAAUAAAGCGGCGGGCGGAGGAGACCGGAAAGGCCGAGGAGAAAAAAAGCCCCGGCGAUGGAGAAGGGGAUGGAUCCGGCGCUGCUGGACAACAUCAUCGCCAGGCUGCUGGAGGUGAAGAGCCUCAAGCCCGGGAAGAACGCGCAGCUGUCCGAGUCGGAGAUCAAGCAGCUCUGCGCCGCCUCCAAGGAGAUCUUCCUCGCGCAGCCCAACCUCCUGGAGCUCGAGGCCCCCAUCAAAAUCUGCGGUGAUGUCCAUGGCCAAUAUUCUGAUCUCCUGAGGCUCUUUGAAUAUGGUGGAUAUCCUCCUCAGUCCAACUAUCUUUUCUUGGGCGAUUAUGUGGACCGGGGAAAGCAGAGCCUUGAGACAAUAUGCCUUCUUUUGGCAUAUAAGGUCAAGUAUCCUGAGAACUUCUUUCUUCUAAGGGGCAACCAUGAAUGUGCAUCAGUAAACCGCAUCUAUGGGUUCUAUGAUGAGUGCAAGCGCAGAUUCAGUGUAAAACUCUGGAAAACAUUUACAGACUGUUUUAACUGCUUACCGGUAUCAGCGUUGAUAGAUGAAAAGAUUCUAUGUAUGCAUGGAGGUCUUUCCCCAGAGUUGAACAAGCUGGAUCAAAUACUCAACCUCAAUCGCCCCACAGAUGUGCCUGAUACUGGGUUACUUUGUGAUCUUCUUUGGUCCGAUCCUUCGAAUGAAGCGCAAGGGUGGGCUAUGAAUGAUCGAGGUGUCUCAUAUACAUUUGGACCUGAUAAAGUGGCUGAAUUUCUUGAGAAGCAUGAUUUAGACCUCAUCUGCCGAGCCCAUCAGGUUGUUGAGGAUGGCUACGAGUUCUUUGCUGAUCGUCAGCUAGUAACAAUAUUUUCGGCACCUAAUUACUGUGGAGAAUUCGAUAAUGCUGGUGCCAUGAUGAGUGUAGACGAGACGCUGAUGUGCUCCUUCCAAAUACUCAAACCUGCAAGGAAAAUGUUGCCUGGUUCAACUAAUAACAAGUCUGGAUUCAAGUCAAUGAGAGGAUGGUGACGGUGGCACGGCGAUUGGUGAGCAAGCUGUGGUCUCAUCUGCAGGCAGGCACGUGCCUACUACAAGCGGCUGCGACUAACCGGCGUUUUCGCCGAUGCCUCGAGCCCGGACCGGAACAAGAACGCAGAUUGUACAACUCUCUCGUCGAUGGUCUGUACAUCGUUCAUGUCGGAUUAACACUUGUUGUAAUGUAUUAUUGUUUUUCUACCGUGCGGAUCUCUUUAUCGUACGAGAGGACGAUGUGAAUGAAACUGUUGCUCCUCCUUCCCCCCCUCUAAAUUCAAAGGAUUCAGGCAGGCAUAUACGCCAAUAAAAACUGGUAAGAGUCUUGGGUGCUGGUUGUGGGAUCUUGAGAGACAGGGAGAAACAUUGCCCAUGGUUCUGAAUUCGAGCUUGUUCGAGUCUGCA